CCAUUGGCUGGCUCAAUGAAUGACUUGCAAACUUGUCUAUCUAUUAUGCAUGCCAGUUUACCUUUAGCGCACUCUUGAGCUCAUUUCCAGGUAAGCGCAGCUGAGAGGUAGCCUGCCUGCACCGAGACCCGGAGUAUCCAAAGAAAAGCUCUUUUCAUCUUGGGGCAGCCUGUGGGGAGGCAAACAUGGAGCUGAUGGGAUCCACUCUGACAGCCACAUAUGCUCGGCCAAAAACCAGCCACUUCCUCCCUGCCAUCUCCACCAUGGCAUCCAGCUAUCGCAAUGCCCAGGCUGCCUUGGCCAUGAAUCCCAGUGCCAACCUGUGGAGGACCAACGGCUAUUACAAGAGCAGCAGCACUGUACCGACCCCCUCCUCCAUGCAGCGAGAAAAUUUAGAUCUGGUUCGAGCCAAGACCAUGUUCUACCCCUCUAACAGGGCAGCGCUGAGCACCCGCUACACUCCAGACGACUGGUACAAGUCCAACCAAAGCAACUACAGGGAGUCCGAGUCAUCUCGGAAAAGUGCAGAGAGACUGAGAAGAGAUACGAUCAGGCUGAUUCAGGAUAGGGAGCAGCUGACCAGACGAACCCAGGAAAGUACCAGCAAGAACAUUGGCGAGCGUCUCAAUGACAUUGUCUUCUGGAAGUCUGAGCUUAGCCAUGAGAUUGACAACAUGGUGACAGAGAUAGCAGCCCUCAAUGAGGUCAAGAGGAGGCUGGAGAGAGCCUUGGCAGAGACUGAAGGGCCCCUUCAGGUGUCUCAAGAGUGUUUGUACCACAGAGAGAAGCGGAUGUCCAUCGAUCUGGUUCAUGAUGAUGUAGAGAAAGACCUCAUAAAGGAAGUAGAAGUCAUCAAAUCAUGUCAGGAAAGGAUGAGGCGACAUCUGGACAGAGCCGUUGCUCAGCUGGCUUCAAACCGAGCUGCCCAGCAUGAAUUGGAAAGAGACAUAAGUGACAAAGUGACUGCUCAGAGGAUAGAUGACAGGUGUCACCACCUGAGGAACACAUCAGACGGUAUCGGCUUCUACAGAGGGAUUGACAGACUGGACCCCUCACUCUCUCUGCCAGACUCGUGGUCCAAGUUCACUGAUGACAACAUCCUGCACUCCCAGAGUGAACGCGCUUCCUCCCGCAAGCUUAGGGACGAGAUUGAAAUCCUGAUGAACACCACGUCCAACGAAAUGUGGAACCAGUUCAACAAUGUCAACGUGUCCUUCACAAACCGCAUAUCAGAAACCGCUGAUACUAAGAACAGCCUGCAGACACAUCUGGCUAAGACUCUGCAGGAGAUCUUCCAGACAGAGAUGCUGAUUGAGUCUCUGAAGAAGGCCCUCAGAGACAAGGAGUACCCACUUAAAGUGGCCCAAACCAGGCUGGAGGAGAGGACCCGCAGGCCCAAUGUAGAGCUCUGCAGGGACAACCCACACCAUAGACUUGUGAGUGAGGUGAGAGAGAUCGAGGACACCAUCCAUAAGCUUCGGGAGAGGCUGAUGGAGGCUGAGAACACUCUGCAGACUCUGGUCAAAACCAAAGUGACCCUGGAGCAUGACCUGUCCAUCAAGGCCAACUCACUCUUCCUAGAGCAGGAAAAGUGCAUGAGCCUGCGCAAGAGCUUUCCCAGCAUGCCCCGUCUAGUGGGCUACACCUAAAUCUAAAGUUUUUAAAAAGGGGAAGCCUUCUAAGACCAAUUUAAUUAACUAUGAGCUGUGUUAAUGGUUUGAAGUGAUUUAGAGGGUGAUGUGGGCAAAUUACUAAACCUUACAGGCACUGAUUAUAAACAAUGGAUUAUCUUAAUUUUGAGUAUUGUAUCAGUGAUGUACAAAAAUGAAAAUAAUAAAAAAUGUGAUGUCAACAAAGAAUAAACUGCAAUGGUGAUUAAUCA